CACACACAGGAGCAUGUGGGCUGGUCAUAUGACGGGAUUAGCUCCGGCUGAAGAGCAGCAACAUCUCAGUAGAAUCACAGCCUGCAUCUCUGCCAACACUCAAAGACUCUGAAAAAGACAACCCAAGGGAACCACAGCCGACCUACCAUCACGCACAAUGUCGUAUGGGUCUUUAGAUGGAAGUUCUUUUGCCACUCGUAACCCGUUUGGAGGCCCUUCAAGGCAAGGCUACCAGCCAGUCGCCACACAGGUCAGCCCUUCAGAACUGCAGGAUGUUUUUCAGGAGACCUCUUCCAACAUCUUCCAGAUCAACAGUAACGUUGUCACCCUGGAGAACAAUCUGCAGUCAAUGGGAACAUCCAGAGACACAGCAGAGCUGCGACAGAGUCUACACUCCACUCAACAGCAAACCAAUAAAGUCAUCACUAGCACAAGCCAUCUCAUCAAACAGCUGUCUGACAUCAUCAGUGGGUCCUCACGGCAAGACCGCCUGCGCCUCACCAGGCUAAAGACGGAACUCUCAGAGUCUGUGCAGCGAUACGGAGAUCUACAGAAGAAAAUUGCAGAACGCUCAAGGGCCUUGCUGCCACCGGCACAGACUGACAAGAAGAGUCCCCAGGUUUUAACCAGUGAGAUAAAUGAGGAAGGCCUGCUUUUUGGAGACGGACCAGCUCCAGACAGAGCUCAAGUGUUCCUGUCCGAGAUAAGUGAGGAAGACAUGGAGGUGCUUCGUGAGAGGGAGAAUGCCCUGCUUCAAAUUGAAAGAGACAUGUUGGAUGUGAGUCAGAUCAUGAAGGACCUCGCCAGCUUGGUGCAUGAACAAGGAGCCUCAGUGGACAGUAUUGAAGAUUAUAUCCAGACGGCUUCAUCCAAUGUGGAACUGGCCAACCAGGAGCUUUCCAAGGCCAACCAGUAUCAGAGGCAGCUGAGGAAAAGGAAGUGUUACCUUGUCGUAGCAGCAGCCAUUGUCCUUUCCAUCCUCAUCCUCAUCAUUGCUAUUUCAGCAAGAAAAUGAAUCUGGCGUCUGUGGCAGCUGCUGUCUUCACGGUGUCAUCCGGCUGCACUUCUGUCUCUGACUCUCUUUCCAUGCACUGGCGUCUGAGGGUGAAUGCUUUCCCCAUCAAACACAAUGUCUAAGCCUGAACUGCAGUCACCCUCGUUCUAUUAUUCUUCUUAUUAUUUUAUAAUUAUUAUUCAAUUGUGUUGUUACAACAGGACAGUCAAAUACAUGUACUCCUUACCUUCAAAACAAGGACAAUCGAUUUGCACUGAUGAGGGCACGAUCUAUCUAUCUAUCUAUCUAUCUAUCUAUCUAUCUAUCUAUCUAUCUAUCUAUCUAUCUAUCUAUCUAUCUAUCUAUCUAUCUAUCUAUCUAUCUAUCUAUCUAUCUAUCUAUCUAUCUAUCUAUCUAUCUAUCUAUCUAUCUAUCUAUCUAUAAUUUUUUUAAACAGGUGUGGAAUCAUGAUGUAAAGAAAGAAUGCUUUUAGAAAUAUAAAAAAUACUAGUUUUAAUCAUUUGACAAAAUGCAAAAUGAGCAAACCAAUACUUUGUGUUUCUACCUUUUGGCCUCAAAUGAGCAUCAGUGUUGAAUGCCCACAGCAGCCGACUGUGAAGGGACUGAGAAGUAGUGUAGAAACAAGUGUGACCUCAGGUCAUCAUCAGAGCAACUCCUCUGCCUGACUACAUCAUUAAAAGUAUUCAUUUCUUUAUAUUUUUAUUUCUUCGUUGGGCUUAUUUGGUGAUCAGGGAUUUGUAUUGUUGCUCGUUUGGUUUAGUGACUUGUUUUUCCUUGGAGUUAUUGUGACUGGUGAAUGUUAGAUGAAUGAAGCUCAGUUCAGUUCUUCAAGGUACACUUGCCCAAAGUCAGGAUUUUUUUGGGAUUGUGAAAAUAAGGUGUUUUAUACUACCAUACAGAUGCUAAUGCUCGUCAAUGACACACAUAGGGGCCUCCACCCAGUGAGACCCCAGGGAAGUGUCCAGGAGGCAUCCGGACUAAAUGUCCGAGCCACCACAACUGGUUCCUCUGGAUGUGGAAGAGCAGCAGCUCUAUUCCAAGAUCUCUCCGGGUGACCAAGCUAAUCUCUAAGGGAGGGCCCAGACAUCCUCUGAAGAAAGUUCAUUUCAGCCGCUUGUAUUCUGGACCUUGUUCUUUCAGUCGUGACCCAGAGUUCAUGACGAUAGGUGAGUAUUGGAACUAAGCUCGACUGGUAAAUUGAGAGCUUUGCUUUCUGGCUCAGCUCUCUCUUCACCACAAUGGACAGGUACAGCAACAGGAUAACAGCGAACGCUGCACCAAUUCAGCUGUCAAUCUCACAUUCCGAUCUUCCCUUACUCAUGAACAAGAGCCGAAGAUCCUUUAGCUCCUCCAUUUGGGGCAGGAGCACUCCACCCACCCAGAGAGGGCAAACUAUAUUUCUCCAGUCAAGAACCAUCAUCCCAGCCACUUCACACUUUGCUGCAAACUGCCCCAAUUUAUGCUGGAAGUCCUGGCUCAAUGUAACCAACAGGACAACAUCAUCUACAAAGACCAGGGAGGAUAUCCUGUGGUUUCCAAACAGGACACCCUCCAAUCCCUGGCUGUGCCCUGAAACUCUGUCCAUAAAGACUAUGAACAGAUUCGAUGAUAAAGGGCAGCCCUGCCAGAGUCCAACAUGCACCGGGAACAGCGACGACUUACUGGCCCUUUCUUACUCUAUGCAGCCCAAGCUCCUGCUCUGGUCAUACAGAGAUCAGACAGUCCUCAGUGCGGCUUCCCAGACCCCAUUCUUUCAGAUCAUCCUCCACAGGAUGGCAGCAGGUGCUCUGGGCUGAUAAAUCAAAACUGGAAAUAUUUACAGCAGAAGGCAGUUUGGCCAUUUAAAGGCUGGAGAGUGGUGCAAUAGUGAGUGUCUGCAGUCAACCUGGAGGUUUCUUGCAUGUUUGAGGCUGCAUUUCUCCAAAUGAAGAUUUGGUCAGCAUGAAUAUUAUUCCUAAUGCUGAAAAAUACAGGUGGAUAUCUACCCAUCAUGCAAUACUUUUGGGUAGAUGUAUGAUUGGCCCCAAAUUUAGCCUAUGACAGGGUGCACACCAUGACAUAUUUUCAGAGAGGAACUGUGGUAUUGUAUGAGGAGGUCUGAUGGAGAAGUUUGUUAGAGCAGUGCAGGACAUGUAUGAGGGCUGUAAGACAGUGGUGAGGUGUGCCAUAGGGGUGACAGAGGAGUUCAAGGUGGAGGCGGGAUUACAUCAGGGAUUAGAUCUAAACCCCUUACUGUUUGCAGUGGUGAUAGACAGGCUGACAUAUGAGGUAAAACAGGAAUCAGCCAGGACUAUGAUGUUUGCAAAUGGUAUUGUGCUUUCUAGCGAGAGCAGGGAACAGGUGGAUAAGCUAGAGACGUAGAGGUUUUCCCUGGAAAGGAGAGGAAAGAAGGCUAGCCUCAGUAAGACAAAAAGUGUGUGAAUGAGAGGAACCCAAGUGGAAGAGAGAGGUUACAGGAAGGAGAGAUGAAGAAUGGAGAAUGGAAAGGACAGUGUAGAGAAAAAGUGAAGAAGCGAGUGCAUGGAGGUUGGAAUGGGUGGAGAAAAGUGUCAGGAGUGAUGUGUGACAGAACACUUCCAGCUGAAAUGAAAGGAACGGUGUAGAAAACCGUGGUUAGAGCAGCCAUGUUGUUGGGCCUAGAGCCAGUGGCACUGAGGAAAAGACAGGAAGCAGGUCCUGGUGUUGGAGGAGAGGAUGCAGAAGACAGGGUUAGAUAGAGGAAGCUGAUUAACUACCCUUCAAAGGAAAAGCCAAAAGGAAAGAAGAAGAACAUGAUUGGCCCCAAAUUUAUUUUAGAGCAGAACAACAACAAACAACCAAAAUCAUUAGGAACUAUCUUCAGCUUAAUGAAGUACUAGAGGUAAUGAUAUGGCUCCCCACAAAGCCAUGAUCACAAUGUCUUGGAUUAUAUGAAGAAGCAAGGAUGAGGGCAAGCCUUUGUCCACAGAAGGUCUCUGUGGUUUGUUCUCCAUAACAUUUGGAACAAUCACCCACAUUCCUUAAAAAUGUUUAAGUGUACCAAGAAGAAUUGAUGCUGUUUUGACAACAAGGUGUGGUCCCACCAAAUAUUGAUUUAAUUUCUGUUGGACUUUUGUUCAUUCUCUGCAUCUUGUUGAGCGGUGACAAUAUUUGAUUGACAAAGUUUGGACACACCUUCCCGUUCAUUUGAGUAAGAAGGUGUGUCCAAACAUUUGGUCUGUACUGUGUGUAUAUACAUAUAUACACACACACACACACACACACACAAAUAUAUGUGUAUGCUGUACAUCUGUGACAUUUAUUCUGUGUGACGACAUUGUAGCCUUUGCUGAAAUUACAUAUUGCUUGCCUAAAUAUGUAUGAAGAAAUAAAUUUUAACAGCUGUCAAACUG